CGCGGUGUUCUCGCGGUACUCUAGCGGUACUAUUGACCGGUCACGUGGAGCGGAUGCCCUUCCACGGUGCGACAGAAAACAUGGCUGCGCUCUUGAGAUCAGCUCGGCUACUCAAGUUUUCGCCUUCGGGCUUGCUUCAGAUAACAGGGACCAAACGAAACGGGCCGACACUUAGUCGUCUGUACAGCGGAGCUCUCGGCGGCAAAGGGACCGGAGUUUGUUCCCGAAAAAUCAGCCCUGCUUCGGGAAACGCGUCCAGUCGUGUGUGGCCAUAUGCAGUGGGGUGUGUGCGUAACUAUGCUGUGGCCACGGAGCAGAAGGAUGAGGCCAGCGUUGCGGUGCGGUCCAAGCAGGCGCAGCAGUUUGACUGGGCUCUGGCCAAGCUGGACAGCUCCGUGAGGAGAACCGGUCGCAUCACCAAGACCCUGUUGCUCCGCAUCUUCCAUGAUAUCUGCAGGACAGGUUAUCCCAGUGGUAACCAGGCCUUGUUACUGCUGCGUAGCUGUGGGUCGCUGCUGCCUGAGGUGCCCCUGGAGGAGCGCUCUGAGCUGGCACACCGUGUGUGGGAGAAGCUGCAGGAGUUGGGUGCACAGUAUGAUGUUAGUCACUACAACGCCUUGCUGAAGGUUUACCUGCAAAAUGAGUUCAAGUUCUCCCCCACUGACUUCCUGGCCAAGAUGGAAUUAGCUAACGUCCAGCCCAACAGAGUUACCUACCAGAGACUCAUAGCGGCCUACUGUCAAAAUGGAGAUAUCGAGGGAGCCAGCACCAUUUUGGGUUUCAUGAAGAGCAAAGAUUUACCCAUCACCGAGGCUGUUUUCAACUCCCUGGUGACAGGCCACGCAUGUGCAGGGGACAUCGAGAGUGCUAAGAACAUCCUGUCUGUGAUGCGGGCAGCAGGAAUUGAACCGGGUCCCGACACUUAUUUUGCGCUGCUUAAUGCCUACGCUGCAAAGGGAGACCUGGACAGUUUAAAAAAGACUAUGGAGGCAGCAGAUAGUGCAGACUGCAGUGUGAUGGACAGGGACGUCAUGCAGGUCAUCUUCACUCUGGCCAAGGCCGGACACCAGCAACACAUCCCAGAAAUGGUUGAGCGCUUGAGGCACGAGAGGGGCUACGUUCCAGAUGCCAUGAACUUGUGUCUGAGCCUCAUCACCCAGAGCCAGGAGGACACAGCUUUUCACAUCCUGAAGACUUUCCCCACACUGCAGUCUGAAAGCUUCAACACAGAGUCUGCCAACCUGGGCAACUUCUUCCUCAGACACUGUGUCAACAUGGACACGUCACUGGAGAAGAUCGGCAGGUAUUGCAAAGAGCUCCAGGAGUCUAAUCUGCACACUGCGGCGCUCAGCUUCACUCUGUCCUGUGCUCUAGAGGCCAAGAAGCUUGGGAUGUCUUUAGAGCUGAUGAAGAUGUUGAAGAAGCAGGACUUUCCCAUAAGGCCUCACUACUUUUGGCCCCUGCUCACUCAGCAUGUGAAGGACAGCAAUACAGCUGGUGUGGUUGAGGUGGUAAAGGGCAUGCAGGAGCUGGAGGUCUGCCCUGAUGUUGAGACUUUAUCCAACUACAUCCUCCCUGUCUUCCCCAGCACGGAAGCAGCUCGACAAGCCCUCAAGGAUGCAGGCAUCUCUUUGGAGUCGGAGGGCUUCCUGUCUUCAGAGGUUCGGUCCGUGGCUGUCAGCAACCUGGCUGAACUGUACACCAUACUGUCUGAUCCCUCCUGCCCAUCGUUGGACCUCAGUAUUUUCCGCGGCAGCCUCAUCCUGGGCUUCAGAAAGUCUUCUGAUGUGGAGAGCAUGGUGAAGGUAAGAUGUCAAUGUGCCCACAUUGUUGAGCGCCUCCUCCACAUUGUCGUGGCGACAGCACAGGUUGAUGAGGGUGGCAUAGCCGGCAACCGUCAUCUCCUCCUCGUGCUGCUGCUUCAGCUCAAGGAGUGUGGGUUUGUGUUUCUGCUGACAGAGGCUGCUUUUGGGCUGGAGUAUGGAUGGAUGGAUGGAAUACCAAUAACAACAAUAGUGGAGGAGGCGGUGGACAUCCUGAAGGAGAUGAAAGAGAAAGAGGUGGUGAUGAAUGACACACACGUCACCAUGCUCUUUCACACGCUCAACUCCGUGGUGGCCAAGGGCGGCGCCCCCACCAUCAGACGUCUGCAGGACACCAUCUUCACCCUUGGACUGGCCAAGCCCACCGCCAAUCUCUGCUCACCCCUCAUUACUGCCUACCUGGACAGUAAAGACCUGUCUGGAGCUCUAGAAGCAGCACUGGAGUGUCAGAAGCGCUACAACCACCUGCCUCGCAUCCAUGACAUUGUUGUUGCUCUGGUGGAGAAUGGAGACACCGAACUGCUGCAGAAAGCCAUGGACUUUGUGAGUCAGGAGCGAGGAGAGAUGACCAUGCUCUAUGAUCUGUUCUUUGCAUUCUUGCAGACAGGCCGCUACCGUGAGGCUCGUAAGAUCAUUGAGACCCCAGGGCUGAGGGCACGGCCUGGACGCCUGCACUGGUAUGCAGAGAAAUGCAUUUCAUCCAAACAGAUGGAGGCCUUGGAGCAGAUGGUGGACAUGACAGCCAAGCUCUUUGAGUGCGACAGGGAUGAGAUGUACAGUUACAUCCUCCGUCUCUGCAAGGAGACAAACGACUGGCAAAAGGCAGAGGCAGUAUGGACGAAGAUGCAGGAGGAUAACGUCAUUCCCAGGGAGAGGACCCUGCAUAUGCUGGCAGAUGUCCUAAAGAAUAAUGGCCAGGAGGUGCCCUUUGAGGUGCCCGAGACCUGGUACCAACAACCUGCCACCACACAGCAGGUCAAGUCAGCAACAACCCUCCCCACAGUUGAAAGUGGUGCUGAAUACCAGGCCCGUCUGUUGGCCUUAUGUAAAAGGGGCAAAGCUAAAGAAGCUUAUGGGAUGCUGAAGGAAGUCGAUAAAAAGGGUGUGGCAUUAGGUCCCGCCCCUUACGAUCAAUUGAUCCGGGCCCUGUUGGCCGAGGGAUCCAUUGAGGAUGCCAUGGCAGUCAAGGACAUUGCUGCGUCUCAUGUGCCGGGCUUUCAGCUGAGUGAUAUCGCCACCAAUCUGCUCAUCAUCACACACAGCAAGAAAGGCCAGGCUAAAGAUGCUCUCGAGAAACUGAAGUCUAUGCUGCAGGUGGACCAAGUGCCUUCGCAGCUCGCCGUUACCAGACUGGUUCAGGCCCUGGGUAGCGAUGGCGACGUGGCGGGCAUCCAAGAAGUGGAGUCACUGAUGAAGGGCCUCGGCACAACCCUCAACCUGUCCAGCAUGGUGUUUGUCAACAACACGGCCCUCGCACACAUCAAAAAUGGUGACAUGGAGUCCGCAGUGGAGGUGUUGGAGGCAGUAUUCACUAGUCCAAACAGCACAAACCCCAGUAUGUCCUUCGUCUUCAGAAAGAUCUUGGAAGAUGACAAUGACAAAGCCUUAGACAAGUUGAGUGCUAUGGCAGAGCGGCUAGCCAACCACUUUGGCUGCUACAGACCAGCUUCAGACCUCUUCCUCCAGCUGCUGGAUAUGGACAAAGUUGAAGAUGCCAAGUUCAUGCUAGCUCGUUGUAACGCCUUGGCAGAACAGAAGGAGGUGCUGGUGUCCUACUUGUCUCAGAAGGCUCAGCGUCCAGGACAGGUGGGCAAGAUCAAGGCCCUGCUGAGCUUGAUUCCAGACUUCACUGAGAAGGAGGUGGUGUACCCGUACUUGAUGAAAUGUCAUGUCCUGGAUAAGGACUUAUUGUCAGCCAAGGCUCUGCAAGAGCAGAUGCAGAAGGGGGGGACAGUCAUAGACGAGCUGUCACUCAAACGGCUGGCUGCGCUUUACCGCAAUGCAGGAGAGACUGUGCCCUUCGUGGAGCCCCCGGAGUCCUUUAAGUUUUAUGCAGACAAGCUGAAAGAGAGAGCGGCAAAAGCCAAGACAACAAUUGAGGCAUAAAGAAUCCUCCUCCUCACCUCCAUCCAAAUCCCACCGUUUUUCUCCUUUGUCUUUCUUUUUUUAUAUAAAUUGUCUGAGCUGAAAUCUUGAGUAUUGUGUUAUAACUGUUAGAUGAUAGACUCUUUCCACUGUGCUAUGGAGACUAUUGAUGAUGAUGAUGAUGAUGAUGAAGAUGUUGGGAAUGUACAGAAGUAUUUAUGCUAAUAAAUGUCACAUUCUGA